AUGCUGCAUCACUCAGUCGCAGCAAAGCCGCUCGCUUCAGUACUUGUCGCAGGCCUCGUCGCUAGCUCCGGCCCUCAUACCGCACGCCCCGGCACCGGCAAGGCAGGCGGAAUUGGCCGAGUGGGUAGCAGCGAGAGAGCGCGCGGGACCCGGAGGGAUCGAAGCGGCGCGUUGGUCGGGUGGAGGCGGAUAGAUCUGGGCUUGAGCAGACGGCAGGUUUCCGCGUCUGGCGGGUUGGUUGUGACCGCUGCUGCAGGCGCAGCGGAGGGGGCGAGCGGCGGCGAUAUGGAUUCGGCGGAGCGACCCGUGAAGAUGACCGCGGUGGUGGAGCACGUGGCGCUGUUCAGCAUGCCAGCGGACAUGGCGGAGGAGAGCGAGGGCGACAUGCUGAGCCACCUGUACCCGCUGCAGUACCACUACCCGCACCUCCUCGCCAUCUCGCUCGGCCGCAUCAUCGCCACCAAGCGCCCCGUCGGCUACUCCCACGCGCUCUUCGCGCGCUUCCCCUCGCGCCGGGCACUCGACGGCUUCCUCGCGCUGCCCGCGCUGGCGGCGGCCAUGGAGCAGUUCGUCACGCCCUCGUGCACUGACAACCUAUCGCUGUCAUACGAGGCCCAGGUGGAGGCGGACAUAGAAAGUGUCUUCAGACGUGGCGAUGCGUAUGAGAGGGGAGUGGAGCACGUGGUGUUGAUGCGCGCCAAGCCAGCAGCGGAGGAGGAGAAGCAGAGUGCCAUGGUGGCGGCCCUGGCUGCCCUGCCGCUAGCCAUGGACCCGCACAUCGUCGUGCAGCUCACUGCGGGCGCCAACUUUGCUGUCGACACCGCCAAGGGCUUCACUCACGGGCUCGUGGCAAGACUCCCCUCAGGUUGGUAUCCGCCGGUUGCCCUCCCUUGUUCCCGUCGCUCUCCCUUCCCGUCGCUCUCCCUUCCCGUCGCUCUCCCUUCCCGUCGCUCUCCCUUCCCGUCGCGCUCCCUUCCCGUCGCGCUCCCUUCCCGUCGCCCCGUGGGCGCCCCUCUGCCUCCCUUCCCGUCGCCUUCCCUUCCCGUCGCCUACCCUUCCCGUCGCCCGAGCUUCUGUUCCGUCGCCGUCCGUUCGUCUCGUCGCCCUCCCUUCCGCUCGUCCGAUCCUCUCCCCGUCAAUUCUCUCUCCGUCGCCCUCGCUUUCCCCGUCAAUUCUCUCUCCGUCGCCAUUGCUUUCCCCGUCAAUUCUCUCUCCGUCGCCCUUGCUUUCCCCGUCAAUUCUCUCCCCGUUGCCCUCGCUUUCCCCGUCGCCCUCGCUUUGCCCGUCGCCCUGCCAUCCACUGCUCGUCGACCUCGCCUUCCCUCCCGCCUCCCUUCCCACCUCGCACACGUGUCACCCUACGUUUUCUCCCCCUACUCCCUCUUAUCCCUCCCGCUAAUAAUCGCCUUCCUUCCCCCCCCUUCCCUGCUUUUUCCCAUCCCCUUCCCUGCUUUCCCGCAUCCCGUGCCCUACUUUCCCCCCUUCCCUGCCCUGCUUCCCCCCAUCCCCUUCCCUGCUUCCCCAUGUCCAUUGCCUUGCUUCUUCCCAUCCCCUUCCCUGCUUCCCUACAUCCUCACGCCUGCUUCCCCCCAUCCCCCUCCCUGCUUCCCCCCAUCCCCCUCCCUGCUUCCCCCCAUCCCCCUCCCUGCUUCCCCCCAUCCCCCUCCCGAACUCCCCCCAUCCCCCUCCCUGCUUCCCCCCAUCCCGUGCCCUGCUUCCCCCCAUCCCGUGCCCUGCUUCCCCCCAUCCCCUUCCCAUGCUCCCCCCAUCCCCUUCCCUCCGCGUCCCCCCAUCCUCUUCCCUGCUUCCCCCCAUCCCCCUCCCUGCUUCCCCCCAUCCCCCUCCCUGCUUCCCCCCAUCCCCCUCCCGAACUCCCCCCAUCCCCCUCCCUGCUUCCCCCCAUCCCGUGCCCUGCUUCCCCCCAUCCCCUUCCCAUGCUCCCCCCAUCCCCUUCCCUCCGCGUCCCCCCAUCCUCUUCCCUGCUUCCCCCCAUCCCUCUCCCUGCUUCCCCCCAUCCCCCUCCCUGCUUCCCCCCAUCCCGUUCCCUGCUUCCCCCCAUCCCCCUCCCUGCGUCCCCCCAUCCUCUUCACUCUCUCCCCUUCCCUGCUUCCCCCCAUCCUCUUACGCGCGUCCCCCCUUCCCCUUCCCUGCUUCCCCAUGUCCCCUUCCCUGCUUCCCUCUUACUUGCUUUCCCAUGUCCCCUUCCCUGCUUCCCCCCAUCCUCUUACUUGCUUCCCCAUGUCCGGUUACCUGCUUCCCCCCCUCCCGUUCCCUUCUUCCCCAUGUCCCCUCACAUGCUUCCCCAUGUCCCCUUCCCUGCGUCCCUGCAGCGCGCGCCCUGCUAGCAUGCCAUCGGUCGCCGCGCUUCCGUGGCACCUCUGUGGCGCGCACAUCGCCCUUGUGCAUGUCUAUGCCCACUCUUGUCCAUGUGCAUGCUUUUCCAUGUGCAUGCUUUUCCAUGUGCCUGCUUGUUUGCUUAAUCUCACUGCCAUGCUUGCCCUCACUGCCAUGCUUGCCCUCACUGCCAUGCUUGCCCUCACUGCCAUGCUUGCCCUCACUGCCAUGCUUGCCCUCACUGCCAUGCUUGCUGCAUCCCUGCAGGGUCUCCUCGCCCGCCACCCCACUUUGCUCUCCCGUCUGCUGCCACUUCUGCCAGUGCGCUCCUCGCUCUUCCUGCUGCCCAUUUAUUCCCGCCCCGCUACUUACCCUCACCCCGCUGCGUUCAGGACAGAUGCUGAAUCUCGCAUCCCUCCUGCUGCUCCCUCCUCUUUGUCCUCCAGCAAUCUCGUGGAACACACUCCAACCCCCUGGCACCCGUCGCACACUCCGUGUACUACCCACUACGCCUCAGAUCUCAGCAGCAUCUCAUCCUCCAUCUACUUGGUGUUAGUCCACGCACAUGUCGCACAUGUCCUCUUCAACAUCAAUUCAUCUCCUCGCAGCCUUCGCACACUACUCCGUGUACUACUCCUUGCACCUCAUAUUGCAGCAGCAUCUCUUCCCAUGGCAGGUGCUGAGUUGGAGGGGAUGCAGGCGAAGACGGAGGUGGAGGUGUACCUGCUGCUGCUGGACGACCAGCUCGACGCCCUCGAGAGCUUCCCCGAGCUGCUCACCGCCAUGCGCACCGCGCUGGGCUGCCGCUGGCACCCGACGAGUACCUGGCGCGGCGGCGCAUCAUCCCAUCGCCCCGGAGCUUCUAGGGGCUAA